ACAAAACGACGGAUCGUGACAUAGUCACGUGUAUCUCUAUGCGCUGAGUUAUAACUGCUCUACACGUACGUACGCGUACACUAUAUAAAUAUAGAUACUGCACUGCAUGCAGUCAACGUCAAAGAGACUACACUGCUGUCCAAAUUCAAACCGAACUGACCCAGCCGUGAGAGCCAGCUGCUAGAACCUAGUCUCGACUUUUCAGAGGGCCUUAUUUCAAUCUGCGUCAUAUAAACGGCAUUAAUAUAGGACAGGUUAAACAGAUUUUCAAAUCCAGAUAGCAAAAGAGAAUCAAAAUGCCGGGUUCUAAGCCCUUUGAACGUCUCCCAACGUCCGUCAUUCCAGUCAAUUACAAGAUUCAGCUUCAACCAGAUUUGAAAAAGUUCACCUUCGCUGGCAAAGAGACCAUUUCAGUCCAGGUCAAAUCUGAUGUCGAUACAGUGGUUGUGAACUGUUUGGAUAUCGCCAUUCAAAAAGCUGUCUACACUUCAAAUGGGCAAGAGGUAAGCUCAGCAUCCAUCGAUUACAGCAAAGAAAAUGAAACGGCUACCAUUAGAUUCCCAUCAAACAUUGCUGUUGGCAGUGGUGACCUGGCUCUAGAAUUCACAGGAGAGCUGAAUGACAAGAUGAAAGGGUUCUACCGAAGCAAGUACACCACACCAGCAGGGGAAGAAAGAUACUGUGCUGUUACUCAGUUUGAAUCAACUGAUGCACGCAGAGCAUUUCCUUGCUGGGAUGAGCCUGCGGUGAAGGCAACCUUUGAUAUCACAUUGGUGGCGCCCAAAGACAGAGUAGUGCUUUCAAACAUGAAUUCCAUCAGUGAUGAACCAAGCCCUGACGACCCAAGUCUGAAGGUAGUGACCUUUGCCACCUCUCCAAUCAUGUCAACCUACCUGCUCGCGUUUGUUGUAGGGGAGUUUGACUUUGUAGAGGGAAGGUCCGCCGAUGGGGUUGAUGUUCGGGUUUUUACACCCCUUGGAAAGGAAGAUCAGGGGCGGUUUGCUUUGGAAGUUUCCCUGAAGACUCUACCAUUCUACAAAGAUUACUUCAGCGUUGCGUACCCACUACCAAAGAUUGAUCUCAUAGCCAUUCCUGAUUUUGCAGCUGGAGCAAUGGAGAACUGGGGCCUUGUCACAUACAGAGAGACCGCCUUGCUAGUUGACGCUGAAAAUUCAUCUGCCAAGGCAAAACAGUGGGUUGCAAUCGUUGUCGGUCAUGAAUUGGCUCAUCAGUGGUUUGGAAACCUGGUCACCAUGGAAUGGUGGACACAUCUGUGGCUCAAUGAAGGUUUUGCAUCAUGGAUAGAGUACCUGUGCGUCGAUCAUUGCUUCCCAGAGUAUGAUAUCUGGACCCAGUUCAUCACCAAUGAUUAUACCAGGGCUCUUGAGUUGGAUGCCCUAAAGAAUAGCCAUCCUAUUGAGGUACCUGUUGGCCAUCCCGAUGAAGUAGAUGAGAUCUUUGAUCUGAUAUCGUACUGCAAAGGGGCUUCUGUCAUUAGGAUGCUGCAUGAUUUCAUUGGAGACGAUACAUUCCGUAAAGGUAUGAAUGCAUACCUAGAGAGGCACAAGUACAAGAACACAUUCACAGAAGACCUUUGGCAGGCCCUUGGGGAAGCCAGUGGUAAGCCGAUAGAAGACAUCAUGGGCACCUGGACCAAACAGAUGGGUUUCCCCGUCCUGAAGGUAACCAGAGAGCAGCAAGGAGAUAAACAGGUCCUCAGCAUCUCUCAGGAGAAGUUUUGCGCAGAUGGCCAGAAGCAAGAAGGAGACUUCAAGUGGAUGGUUCCUAUCAGCAUUGCUACUUCAAGUCAACCUACCAAGACUAUUGAGAAAGUUGUUCUUGAUAAGGAAUCUACCACCGUCACAGUGGUAGCUGACAAGAGCGAAGGAAUCAAGUUAAACCCAGGAACAGUUGGGUUCUACCGUGUCCAGUACUCUAGUGAAAUGUUAGAAGCACUCCUGCCUGGUAUCCGAAACCAGGUCCUUCCAGCCAGGGACAGACUAGGAUUAGAGUCAGAUCUAUUUGCUCUGGCUAAAACUGGGCAAGCAAGUACUGUGGAUGUCCUGAAGCUCUUUGAGGCCUUUGAGAACGAGACUGACUAUACCGUAUGGACGGAGCUAGCAACUAACCUUGGUGCCAUUGGGGUCUUACUAUCCAGCACGGAUCACCUUGAUCAUCUGAAGGCCUUUGCUAAACAACUCUUUAGCAAGGUUCAUGCGAGGCUUGGAUGGGAUCCGGUGGAAAAUGAAAAUCACCUGGAUGCCUUGUUGAGAGCGCUUGUGAUCAGAGUGAUGGGACGCAACGGACAUGAAGCUACAGUCGAGGAAGCCCGUAAGCGCUUCGAUGCACAUUGCUCAGGAGGUGCACAGCUCCCGGCUGACCUCAGAAACUCGGUCUACCUGACGGUGUUGGCUCAUGGUGGUGAAGACACUCUCAAUAAGAUGAUCGAGUUCUUCAAAACACAAGACCUCCAAGAAGAGAAAGAUCGCAUCCAGAGAUCUCUUGGUGCAAUCAAAGAUCCAGCUCUCAUCAAGAGAGUGUUGGAGUUCUCCAUGGGGGAGCAUGUACGAUCACAAGACACCGUGUUUGUGAUCAGCGGAGUGACGGGUACAAAGACGGGGCGAGAGCUGGCAUGGCAGUUCCUGCAGGAUAGAUGGUCGGAGCUCCAUGAAAGAUUCUCUGGUGGUUUCCUUCUUGCGAGACUUGUACAGUCCUGCACCGAGGGUUUCACCACGGAAGAGAGGGCCUUGGAGGUCCAAGCCUUCUUUGAAGCCCAUCCUGCCCCUGCAGCUGAAAGAACCGUCCAGCAGUCCUUAGAGAACAUCCGACUCAAGGCCAAAUGGUUAGCUAGGGAUGGAGACAGCAUCGGUCAGUGGCUUAGGAAUAAGGUCUCGCCCUAAAAGCAAACAACAAUUAUCCAUGUUUCUUUCUCUUAUCAUUCUUUUCAGAGAAGUCCUUAUUUGGUCAUUGUAAGUCUUUUGUGUAACUGUUUCUUUGAGAGUGCAGUUAAAUCAAAUUAGUGUUAAGGGGAAAGUUCACCCUGCCAUCAAGUUGAUUUUAAUAAAUGUAGAACAGUGAUAGUAACAUACGACUAAAGGUUUGAAAAAUAAAAUCUUUCUGAGAAUAUUUUUUUUUAUUUGACGACACAUUUAGGCAGCUCACCCAUUUUUCAUAUUUUAUAUAUAUUCCAUAAAUUCCCAUAUUUUACUGGUUCAUGAUGACUGAAGAAUGUUUGAAAUAUUGUCUCUGAUGAUAUAACUUUAAAUAAGGAAUGUUGUAUGGAAUAUAUGUCACAUGAUAUAUUAGGGGAGUAUUUGCAUAUGACAUCACAGAAUUCAAUUCUAAUUUUUUUUAACUGCAUUACCCUUAGGAGUAUGUUGCCAAUAUGUCUUUAUCAUUUCCAUUUCUUCUGCUUUUAUUGAAACCAUAUUGAGGUGAGGGUGAACAUUAUGGAAUUAGAGAAUGCAAAUGCAUGGGGCAGUUUGCAAAUCAUCUGUACCACAUGUUAAAUUUGGCUGAAUAUUUCAAAAUUGCCUCAGAAUUACAAUACUGGAAUAGUAAACCUUCUCAAUUUUUUUUUCUCUGCAAUCCUGUCUGUGUCAUUUUGAAACUAUAUAUAUAUACAGCCUUCAUUUUUCCCAUCAUACUUGACAUAAAGUUCCAUGCGUUUGUCUCAACAAAUCUACUUUCCCAAACUAACUUGGCAAAUUUAUUUUCAAUAGUGAGCGAUGGAUUCUAAUUGGUAUUGUUCCUACUUUAGUGCAUAACACAGAGUAAUAUAUCGAACUUUGUUUUUACAUGAGUCACAAUAUCUCACUAUGGUUCAAGAGCCAUGCUUCGUUCCACCAUAUAUUCCACUACAAGAUUUUUGCUUUUCUUUUUAUGAUAAAUAUUGUGUUUUCCUUCAUUGUGAACCAGCCUUUAUUGUUAUUUAAUUUAGCAUUGUAGCUGUAUGUGUUUGGUUGCGUAUCUCUCUAUUUCUUUUGCAUUAGCCUCUCGAGAUCUUUCUUGACCACAACAUGAAUGAAACGGGCAUGAAAAGAAAUGUAAUUGAUGGGAAAGUAAAAUUGAAUUGAACUGUGUUAGUGAUAUGAAAGAGAAGGGUUGAGCAUGUAGAAAGGUUGGUUAUUGAUCGUGGGGGUGAUUCUAAGAUUUAUUGUGAUGAUGAAUUGUAAAUUUCGGCCCCACAAACUAAUACUAAGCUUUAUGUUACAAUUCUCCGGAUAUUAAAUGAAAUAGCUUUCAAUUAGCUGUAACAGUAGGUAUUAAAUUUGGCUUGAAUGUAACAAUGCUUAUCCUAAAAUUGCCCUUUUAGUUAAUCUUUACAGUAUGAACGUACCGGGCAGACAGAUAUAUUUCUAACAGGAACACAAAAACUGCUUGUACAUGUAUUACUCAACAAUAUUCAAUUAAAUUCUUUAUUCCAUUUCCAUUCAAAACAUAAUACAAAGUAAUAUAAAGUGAUACAAAUCAAAUACAAUUUUACAGACGAGCAUUCUUACAGUAUAAUAAACAGUAUAAUAUUGAGCAUAAAUGGAAAUGAGGGGGGUCCACUAAAAAGCAAAGCUUGUAAAGUGUGGAUCCCCCUUGGAAAUGGAAACAAUACUAUUGUGCAGAAAUACAUAUGGUAAUAUGCAGGAUUUUUUUCUUGGAAAGAAUAAUAAUAAUAUGUAAUUAUUUUUAAUAUAUAUAAGGCAAGAGAUUGAUGAAACAACCCAGCUAAUUCUGCAGGCGUUUUUGCAAUUUUAAAUUCAAAUUAAAGAAUUUCGUUCACAUUUGGGAUAGAAUUUUGUGAAAAUUUACUUUGAAGAAUAGGGGGGUGGUGCUCUCUUACUCCCCGGUGUGUGGCCAUUUAACACUAAUACCCCCCUCCUCGUUUUUUUCGUUAUAAAUCUGCCACACACACAUAAAAAAAAAUUUGAUUGUGCCACUCGCUCACUUUUGAGACCAAAUUUGUGACGCACGGGUAUGCAGUUUUUAAAUUACACAUUAUGUAAGUGCGUGUCAAACCCAAAAUUGUGUUUUCAGCUAAAAAUUCAUAAAUGAGUGAUUAGUUUUGCCUUUAUUGACAACAGUCAUUCAAUUUGAUGCUAUUUAUGACCAAAACAAUAUCAUUGACAAAGUUUUGUCCCAAAAAACCAAUAAGAAUAUAAAAUUAAAAAAAGGGAAAUAUAUAAGAAAUUAAUAAAAAAAAAAAAACAUGAAUCGAUUUUGAUACCAGAAAUUUUAAGAUUAAAAUUGUUAGGAUUGCUAUAAAGAAUGUUUACUCCAAAAAUUAGCAUUCUACCAAUUUUAUUUAGUUGAUUAAAGUAAAAAGUAUGAUUUUAUGAAUAAAUUAGCAUAAAUACUGCGUAAUGAAUAUACAAUGGAAUAUACAAAUUUAGAGAUAUUUACCUAUGCAAAUGUGUAGAUUACAUUCUCUAUCAUGGUGCAAAUUUUUGUCGCAUUCGAUCCGAGAUCUUAGGGGGAACCAUCCCCUCCCCCCCUGGUAUUGACAAGGAUCAAAUACCCCAAGAGUUUUAGGGUUAAGCAAUUACAAUGCAAGAGAUAUAUACUCCAUUUAUACUCUAUUAUUAUACAACUAUACACAGUGUAUAUCCUUUAGUUAUGAUUUGAAAUUCAUAGGUUGAAAUCUGUUCUUCAUGUUUUGUUUUGGUCAUGUUUGUUUUUAGGAUAUUGUUUGUAUGUUUUGUUCAUUAUUUUUUUUCUGCAACAGACUUGUUUCCUUAUUUGGUAGUCUAUUCUAAGAAUGGUCCAAUUCUUCGUCAUACUUAUUCCAUCAAAUUGAUUGAAACACUUCAAGUGACUUUGUGUGUAUAAUUAAUUAUGUUUUUUCAUCAAUGAAGUUGUAAUUAUGAUCUCUCACCAUUAAGUCCAAAUAACACUGAUGUCAGUGGUGACGUGAUUGCAAUAAAUUUGAUAGUGUGCAAAUUCUACUUCAUUAAAUGUGAAAAUCGAACAAA